GAACUUGUAAGUUAAAUGAGUAAAAUAUACAACUGGAAAGCAGACUUCAUACUUGAGGCAAAUGCCUGUUUUUACCUUCCGCCAGGUGUGUACCAGAUGUCUGUGUCAGAAGCAGCUGUUCCUGGAGAGGAAGUAGGAAGAGUGAAGGCCAAAGAUCCAGACAUUGGGGAAAACGGCUUAGUAGCUUACAGCAUCAUUGAUGGAGAUGGCAUGGAUAUGUUUGAAAUUACAACAGACUAUGAGACUCAGGAAGGUGUUGUAAAGCUUAAGAAGGUCUUGGAUUUUGAAACCAAAAAGUCCUACAGUCUGAAGGUAGAGGCAGCCAACGUGCAUAUUGAUCCGAAGUUCAUCAGCAAUGGGCCAUUCAAGGAUACGGUAACAGUGAAGAUUACAGUGGAAGAUGCUGAUGAGCCGCCUGUGUUUUUAAAACCAAGUUAUAUUUUUGAAGUACAAGAAAAUGCAGCAUCUGGUACUGUGGUUGGAAAAGUACAUGCCAAAGAUCCUGAUGCUGCAAACAGUGCUAUAAGGUAUUCAAUUGAUCGUCACACUGACCUUGAAAGAUUUUUUACUAUUAAUGCAGAUGAUGGCAACAUCAAGACAAUAAAAGCGUUGGAUAGGGAAGAAAUUGCUUGGCAUAAUAUCUCUGUCUUUGCUGUUGAAGUCCACAAGCAACACCAGGAAGCCAAAGUUCCAGUUGCAAUUAAGGUUGUUGAUGUCAAUGACAAUGCUCCAAAAUUUGCAGCAGCCUAUGAAGCGUUUGUCUGUGAGAAUGCUCGAACCAAUCAGCAAUUUAUUACAAUUAGUGCUGAUGACAAAGAUGAUUCAGCCAACGGACCAAGAUUUAUCUUCAGUUUACCACCCGAAAUUAUUCAUAAUCCAAAUUUUACACUCAGAGACAACAGAGAUAACACUGCAAGUGUUCUUGUUAGACGUGAAGGAUUUAGUCGUCAAAAGCAAGACUUGUACCUUCUUCCUAUUGUAAUAAGUGAUGGAGGACUCCCCCCUAUGAGCAGCACCAACACCCUGACCAUCAGAGUUUGUGGCUGUGACAGCAAUGGCUCCUUGCUCUCCUGUAAUGCUGAAGCCUACAUCCUCAAUGCGGGAUUAAGCACUGGAGCUUUAAUUGCCAUUCUUGCUUGCAUUGUGAUUUUGCUCGUCAUUGUAGUGUUGUUUGUAACACUGAAGAGGCAGAAGAAAGAACCUCUGAUUGUUUUUGAAGAAGAAGAUGUCCGUGAGAACAUUAUUACUUACGAUGAUGAAGGAGGAGGAGAGGAGGAUACUGAAGCUUUUGACAUAGCUACUUUGCAGAACCCUGAUGGCAUCAAUGGAUUUAUUCCUCGUAAAGACAUAAAACCUGAGUAUCAGUAUAUGCCAAGACCGGGGCUUCGACCAGCUCCCAAUAGCGUUGAUGUUGAUGAUUUCAUCAACACAAGAAUACAAGAGGCUGAUAACGAUCCAACUGCUCCUCCCUAUGACUCUAUUCAGAUCUAUGGCUAUGAAGGAAGAGGCUCAGUGGCUGGUUCACUUAGCUCAUUAGAGUCAGCGACAACAGAUUCUGAUUUGGACUACGACUAUCUACAAAACUGGGGACCUCGAUUUAAGAAACUUGCAGACUUGUAUGGCUCCAAAGACACUUUCGAUGAUGAUUCUUAACAAUAAAGUUUAAUAUUUGGCCUUAAGAACUGUGUCCAAUGUUCUGAAGAAUCCAGAAGAAAUGUAAGCAGGUAUUUUUUUAAAAAUCAAGAAAAGUCUCAUUUAAACAUUUGACAGAAGGGAUUCCUUUGAUAAAAAAGGACAUAAAAGUGGUAAAUACUGUGAAGUACCUUUUCCUACAAAAGGCAAAUGCAGAAGUUGGCUGCCAACUUCACUAGAGGAAAAAACCCACUUAAGAAACACAGAAUAUUUAAAUGAAGGAAGAUGCUAAAAGUGAACCUACAAAGAAGGGAAAUCUUUUAUGUAUUAUGAACAUCUAAAUCUUUUAUGUCAAAGAAGCUUCCACAAAUUAGAAAAGUUAACAGUUCUGAGCUGUAAUUUCGCCUUAAACUAUGGACACUCUAUAUGGUAGUGCAUUUUUAAACUUGAAAUAUAUAAUAUUCAGCCAGCUUAAACCCAUAUGAUGUAUGUACAGUACAAUGUACAAUUAUUAUGUCUCUUGAGCAUCAAACUUGUUACAGCUGAUUCUUGUAAAUCUUUUUGCUUAUACUUUCAUCUUGAACUAAUACGUGCCAGAUAUAAAAACUCUGUCUUGUUGCAGUGGGAGGCGCCCUAUUUCUAUGUCAUUUUUAAUGUAUCUAUUUGUACAAUUUUAAAAUUCUUAUUUUAGUAUACAUACAAAUAUCAGUAUUCUGACAUGUAAGAAAUGUUACAGCAUCACACUUAUAUUUUAUGAACAUUGUACUGUUGCUUUAAUAUGUGCUUCAAUAUAAGAAGCAGACUUUGAAAUAAACUGAUUCUUUUUU